AGGGGUUUACUGACAUCAGCACAGGCGCUCGCGCCAGCACCGAGCAGGCUGCCCGUCUGCUGGAACCCGCCACGCCGUCCAUCCCUUCCUCCUGACGGGCUGCACCUCACGGAUGAUGUCUGGCUUUCGCACUUCGGGGUGCAGGUAGUGUCGAAGCGGGCAGUACACGCACCGAGGGGUCGGUGGAGGACGCGGGCUCGUGCAUGCGUGCAGUCUGAGCGUUUGCAGGAGGGCUGGUCUGCUUCGGGAGGCUGCCCGGACAAGAAAGGCGAAGCAGCGGGAUUUCAUACACAAGAGUGCACCCAAGGACGCUCCCAAUGAGAAGCCUAAAAUCUGCACUGCAGUGGAUUUCUUCAGGUGUGUGUGUACGUGUGUGAGUGUGCGCGCGAAUGGGUGUGUGAUCUGACCGCGUAGUCUCAGUUUAGGUUCUGUACGCUUUCUCGUUAACAAUCGGAAGAACCUGCAGAAGCUUCGGGGCGUCGUCUGGAGGUCGCCCUGUCCAAGAAAACGGUGCCAUCCUGCAGUUUCCAGACCACCAAACCUCCGCCCCCCACUCCCCUUUUUCUUUUCCCAUCACAGUCCAGAGCGGGGUGGCUGGUUAGCUGGUGUGUCCGUUGAGAGGCCUCAGACUGGAAAGCUGGGACUGACCGGUGGAUUCAUACUGUGGCUUUUUUAAAGAACUGCAUGGAUAUUUAUCCAAAUCUACAUUAAUACAGCAACGGCUUACUGGGGAAUUCCAUUUCAUUGGAGGACUUGUAUUUUUGGAUUUAGAAGGUUGGACCUGCUCUUCAUGGGGUUGUAGGACAAAAAUAUGUCAAGUUUCACCUCAGGGAUAAGAUUUCUAUAAUUUUCACUGUGUCAUCCAAGUCAGCACGACGCAGCAAAUCUCAGGUGCCGACACAGGUUCUACAGGUUUCCCAGGUUUGACUUUUGGUUCCAGUUUGACUAACAGAGUUUCCGUUUGGUAUUUUCAAGACUUUAAACUCAGCAAAUCUCAGGCAACAGACACAACAUGACAUCUGACAGUUUCCAGUACCGGGUGCUCUUUGAGUACAAGCGUGAGCGUGGCAAUGACAUCAGCCUCCAGCCGGGCGACCUGCUCACCGUCUCCAAGGCCUCGCUGGUGGCGGUGCCGGGGCUGGACUACCAGGACGGGGAUGAGCGGAGCCCCAAAGGCUGGCUGCACGGCACCAACGAGAGGACCAAGGAGAAGGGAGACUUUCCAGGGACUUUUGUGGAGUACGUCGGGGUGGUGAGGGCCGGCCCUCCCGCGGUGAAAUCCUGGUCCAGGCCUGUACCGCCGACCCCUGGGGGGUCGCAGAGCGACGUGGGGGCUCAGCCGCCUGGAGCAGCUGCUGCUUCAGGUGUGGAGGUGGAGUUUCUGUCUGAAGCGGCUCCUGUGGUUGUUUGGAGACUCAUUGAAGCCGUCGAGAAACAUGGUUUGAACAAUGAGUCUCUGUAUCGAGCCCCCCCAGCCUCCAGUGGACCUGCAGACCUGCGGCAGGCUUUGGACUCAGAUCCGGUUUCAGUGGACCUGGACCAGUAUGAUGUGGUUUCUCUGACUGAUGCUCUUAGAGGUUUUCUGCAGGACCUGACAGCCCCCAUCAUUCCAGCCACAGUCUACAGCGAGCUGGUCUACACUGCUCAAGAGAGUCCGAGUGUGGAGGAGUGCGGGGAGAGGCUGAAGAAGAUCCUGGAGUCUCCCAGCAUGCCUCAGGCCAACCACCAGCUCCUGGUCCAUCUCAGCAGACACCUGGCCCGGGUCAGCCUGGGGGGUCAGACCGGCCCCCGGCUGCUGGGACAGGCCUUCGCCGAGGCCGUCUUCAAGCACCCUCCUCUCAGUUGCGACGUGAACCCGGAGCAUCACGUCAGGAUCUUGGAGGCUCUUAUCGCAACCGGAGGUCUCAUGGAGAUGCAGGCUGCGCCAGCUCUUCCUCCGAAGCCAGCGAAGCCACCCUCGUCGGUCGGGGUGGGGGGGGGCAGCACAAAUGGCACCAAGGACGGAGGAGCAGGAGGCUCCCUGCAAGAGGCCGAGUGGUACUGGGGGGACAUAUCCAGGGAGGAGGUGAAUGAUAAGCUCAGAGACAUGCCGGAUGGGACCUUCCUGGUUCGGGACGCUUCCACCAAGAUGCAGGGCGACUACACGCUCACACUGAGGAAGGGGGGCAACAACAAGCUGAUAAAGAUCUACCAUCGGGACGGAAAGUACGGCUUCUCUGACCCCCUAACGUUCGGCUCGGUGGUGGAGCUCAUCAGCCACUACAGACACGAGUCUCUGGCUCAGUACAACACCAAGCUGGACGUCAAACUCAUGUACCCCAUCUCCCGCUUCCAGCAGGACCAGCUGGUAAAGGAGGAUAACAUCGACGCCGUGGGGAAGAAGCUGCAGGAAUACCACAAUCAGUACCAGGAGAAGAGCAAAGAGUACGACCGACUGUAUGAAGAAUACACCAAGACCUCGCAGGAGAUCCAGAUGAAGCGGACGGCCAUCGAAGCUUUCAACGAGACCAUCAAGAUCUUCGAGGAGCAGUGCCACACGCAGGAGCGCUACAGCAAGGACUACAUCGAGCGCUUCCGCCGCGAGGGCAACGACAAGGAGAUCGAGAGGAUCAUGAUGAACUACGAGAAGCUCAAGUCCCGGCUCGGGGAGAUCCACGACAGCAAGGUGCGGCUGGAGCAGGACUUGAAGACGCAAGCCAUGGACAACCGGGAGACGGACAAAAAGAUGAACAGCCUGAAGCCCGACCUCAUACAGCUCCGCAAGAUCAGGGACCAAUAUCUAGUCUGGCUCAAUCACAAAGGAGUUCGUCAGAAACGAAUUAACGACUGGCUGGGAAUCAAGAACGAGAACACCGACGAAGGCUACUUCGUGACCGAGGAGGACGAGAACCUGCCCCACUACGACGAGAAGAGCUGGUUCGUCGGGGACCUGAACCGGACGCAGGCGGAGGAGCUGCUCAUCGGGAAGCCGGACGGAGCCUUUCUCAUCCGAGAGAGCAGCAAAAAGGGCUGCUACGCCUGCUCUGUGAUAGUCGAAGGCGAGGUGAAGCACUGCGUGAUCUACAGCACGCCGCGCGGCUUCGGCUUCGCCGAGCCCUACAACCUGUACAGCAGCCUGAAGGACCUGGUGCUCCACUACCACCAGACCUCCCUGGUGCAGCACAACGACUCGCUCAACGUGCGCCUGGCGUACCCCGUCUACACACAGAUGCCCUCCGGUCGCAGAUGAACCGCACCCAGACCCAGACCCCCAUAGACAACAAACCAACCCCCCCCCCCCCCCCUUCUCUCUGGGAAGGGAGAACGGGGAGAGUGAAGGAAGGAGGGGGGGAGAGUGAAGGAAGGAGGGAGGGGGGGGGAACCCCAACACCAGACCCGAUUUUAAAGAUAGAAAUUAAAACACUUGCUGCAACACACACGUCAGCCACCUUGGAGUUAUAUAUAUUUUUACAAGAACAUUUUCGGAGGGCAUUCUUUCUAAAGACUGCUUGAUUUGCACAAGGAAGUUUUAAAUGUUUGUGAAUGUGAAGAAGAAGAAGAA